GAAAUUAGGCAUCACUUCAUACGAGAUCACGUCCAAAAGGGAGAUGUCACAAUUGAGUUUGUUGAAACGAAACAUCAAUUGGCAGACAUUUUCACGAAACCCCUUAGUAGGGAGAGUUUCUUCCACAUUCGGAACGAACUUGGAAUUUUGGAUAUCUCUAUGAACUAAUCCAUUCUUUUUAUUGACUAUACUAAUUUGAGCGUCGGAGGCGCGAUAAAUUCUUUUUUGCAGGAAAAAUGCCAAGGUGCAAGAACGCUUCCUCAGGUCAAGAAACCGCGGCAGAGGAGAGUGAGACGCCAUGGCGUCGUGAAGGGAGCAAGUACAUUCAUAUACAAACGGGUCUCGCCUUCAACACUGGGGCUUCAGUCGAGAGGUUCCACAACACGUUCCUCACGAAGGAGAUUGUCUCUCCUAAGAUCAUGAACAAGGACCUCUUCAAAUCGGCGACCUAUGCCCCGAGUAAGUCUCUGUUUUUUAGCAAGGGAGGUUUGCCAUCUCUCAUUUCCUAUGUUGACGGCAAAACCGUUUUCAUUGACGGUGCCGGUUUGACUUCUUUGUUUGGCCUUCGUCGCGGUGAAAUUACCGAAAACUUGGAUGAAACAUUCCAAGAUGAGGCAAUUUGGCGACAACUCGGGUUAGAUCAUCGUGACCUCAAGUUUAGAAAUUUUAGCAACCCGAGUGUCAUCAAUCUCACUUUAAUUCAACACGUCCAACAAUACAUCUUCUCCUAUGUUUUGUUGCCCCGUGAUUUGAACCAUGGCGUUGUCAACAAGGACGAUAUUCGUUUGUUUCACGUCCUGUUGAACGAUGUCAAAUUUGAUUGGGUUCACUUCUUUAUAGUUGCACUUAGCGAUGGCACUCGCUUUUCCCAUCUCCGUUUUGCCAUCCCCAUUAUGCAUAUUCUUGCUCAUUGCAAAAUAGACUUCACUCGGGACACUCAGGUGCCGGUCAAGAAGACGUGUUUCAUCACUGAAGCCAAGUUUUCCCGGAUCGUGUAUCGAAAGGAGGGCGAUGAUGCACCAAAUAUGGACCUAAUAGUCGCAGAAGAAGAAGAAGAGAGACAAAACGAGACUCAAGCAGAGUCAUCUCGAGCGGGAGGAAGUCGAGCCACGGAGCCCGUCACUCGUCAACGGAGGACUCGUCCAAGAGAAGAAGCACCGGAACCUUCUUGGGUGAAGAAGAUCUUCGAUACUCUCACGUGCAUCCGAGAUGACGUUCGCCAGCUCAACGAGAGGAUGACUCGUCUUGAGCAAUCUCGCUCCUACCGUGGCCCGCGUCACAGUUUUGGCGGAGGAGCUCGUCCGGCGAACUCUCUU